AUGAACCUGAGCCUCCCUGACCAGAACAUGCACAACCCCAGUGACGGCGGUCUGGAGGAUAACAAGGCUGAGUUCAUGAUCCCCUGCUUCCGCAGAAACAUGUACGAUGAGCCUCUAAUCUCAUACACCAAUGGAUCCAUCAUCUCUCACCUCCUGCGCAAAAACAUCCACAACAAGAAGGCUCUGGACGAAAGCCACUUCUACCUACCCACAUCGGCUGUCUCCAGCUCCACUAUGGCUGACUCCAGUCAGGAGGACCAGAGCAGUGUCUCGUCCAAGGACAGCGCGGCAGAGUCUGCAUCCCCAGGCAGGAACCUCUCGAACAGGGUCAGCCCUAAGGAGGACAGGCACCUGAGUGAUCACCUCCAGGCCAAGCGUGCCCGUGUGGAGAACAUCAUCCGAGGCAUGGCAGGGUCUCCCAACAGUAGGCUCCAUGGGGACACUGAAAGGGCUGAGUCAGACACCAGGGAGGCUAGAGAGGCCUACAGGGAGAACAAACGCAAACAGAGGCUCCCCCAGCAUCAGGAGCACAGUCUCAAUGCGACAGCGCCGGCUAACAGAGGCAGCAGUAGCAGCAGCAGCAGUAGUAAGGAUGAAGAGUUCCACAAGCUGAAGGUGCAGCUCCAGAGCAUGCAGAGGCUCCUGAGACAGCUCCAGGAGAAGUUCUUGCAGGUUUAUAACCAGGAAGACGCUGAGCGUGAAGACAGAGAUGACACGGGCACAGCCAGCACUGCUGAAAAGGACGACACCACACCAAGAAAAGAGUCUGGGUUCAUGUUCCGUAUAAACAUGGAUGAGGAGUUAGAGAGGAAGCAUGACAGUGCUAAAGGGGGCUGUAAGGACAGAGUGAAGACAUACAAAAGUUAUCUGACACAUCAAAGGGAAGGCAAGAACCUACAGGAGACUCUGAAGCAUGAGCUCUCCAAAGUGGUGAGUGAGAGUGUAGAUAGGGUGUUCAAGAAACUCUCCUCCACGGGACUCAACCAGUCACCUCAUCAGCGCAUGUGUCACACCCCAGAGCACGUCAUUAUGGGAGCUGAGAGGAAGAGCCAGGUAGCCUGUAACCAGGAGCAAUCACACACUGAGGAGCCAGUCAAACCCCAGGCUCUGGAGUACUAUGAGAGCAGUGAGGCUCACAGUCCUGAGGAUCAGACCGAGGCUCUGUCUCUAGUGGUCCUUAAGCCGCCCCUUAGGUCAGUUACCCCGACGGUGAAGAGGCCCUACCCCUUACACCAGUCUCCAUUCCAGUUCAACUACAGCACACCUCUCCAUGACAGUCAAAUCCUGGAACACCUCCUCAAAUACGGGCCACACACUAACUUCGGAGGUCUCCCAUGCAUGCCCCCAUCCAUGGACAGAACCUCCCCAAACUCGAUGGAGCUGCCCUGGGAUGCCAUCACCAUGAGGUCCAAAGUGACAUCCAGCCACCUGGCCCACCACUCUCACCCAUCAGGCCUGGGACCAGUGACCGUGGACAGUCUGUGUCUCCCUCACGUCAAGAUGGAGUGUGGGGACCUGCAGAGCAUGGCAGAGAGAAACUCCUACAUGUCUCUCAAUAUAUCCUUUUACUGGCAUGAAAAAUCUCUUACUGUCACAGUGGCCCAGUUAACCUCUGUAAUUGCGUAGGAUUUGAUAUAAUUAAUGGCUGUAUGAAUAAAAUUGUAUUAUAUUUUUUCCCACUAAGAUGGCCUAUAGAGCAUUACAUACACACUGAAUCCUAAAUGUUUAGUAAUAUUUUGUUAUCUGAUAUAUACCUUAGUAUCCAGUACCUCAGUAUUCAAACUACCUGUGUUUUGCCUUCCCAGUUGAACAAUGACUUGUUGAGGUUCAUUGCAGGAUGAGCAGUUCCAGUAAAACAGACUUCAAGGAAACAUUUUUCUUUGAUCUCGCUAACCACAAAGAAAAUUAUAGCAUCUUCUUUAAUCUGAGCAGAGUAAUGACUUUAAGUCUAGAAAAAGACAAAUAAAAAGGAAUACAAGGCUUUGAUAAGAAUUGUCCGGAACAAAAGCCAAUUUUCAAAGGCAGAGAAAGCAUCAGUUUCUGUCCAGGAAACAGUGCUUUUUUCAGACUUGAAAAGGUACAGAAUAUAUUUCUCUAUCAUCAGUAUGAUAGGGGUGUAUCUGAAAGGUCAGAGCUGAGUGCCUGUGGAAAGCAGAAGUGCCUCCCUACCAGAACACUUGUCUUCUUGAGCAUACAUACACAGCCAUAAAAAAAUAUAUAUGUUUAUAAAGUACAUGAAUGAGUACAUUUUCUAAAUUAUGUUUUUGCAAAAUAGAGAGACAAGCAAUCUAAGAAAUAUAAUCCAGUGAGAGUAUUUUCAACCACACCACUCUGCAUUUUAUCACAAUGAACUCUAUUAUUAUGUUAACUAUAAUGAUAAUUAUUAAUAUAAUAACAUGAUCAUAAGCAGCAUAAUAUGUAUUAUGUCCAUAAUCACUGUUAUAGAAAAACAUCUAAUAUUCCUUGGCUGCUGCUGUUCAUAAUUUUUCGAAAAUCGGAUACGUUAUAGAGACAUUACAGGUAAACUGUAGUAAGGCAGCUCCUGUGUGAUAUUUAUUACAGCUACUGAAGAACUCAAAGCUAUGUGAAGAUCCUUAACAUGGUCCGAAGUGGUCAUUGUCCUUGGUUGUAAGUAUCUGGAGAAGAAUAUUAUCAGCUCUCUCUCUCAUGGUAUGCUUUAUCUUUACUAUGGUUCUCUUUGAACAAUUUCUCAUCAAUCUUUCAUUCCAACUUCCUUAUUUCAAGGUAGGAUUCCCUAAUAAAUGUAUGGUGUGCUGUAACCUGCUGAUAAGGAAAUAUUAGCUAAGGCGUGGCUGUGGGCUACAGAGAGAAAGGCCUCUGAAGAUCUAGUUGCAUAGAAAAGUUGCAUUGAGAUAUGAUUUUAUUUGUUACAUGAUGUAUUUCAUUUAAUAAAACUAAAUUGUUCCUCCCAAACUACUAAUCUUUUACAGUUCAGAGGGAUGAUGUAAAACAUAAUUUAUGAAAAUACUAUGCAGUGAAAUUAUUAUUUUUUUUAUGUUAAACAAGCAAUUACUUUGAUUAGUUUAAUACAAUUAAAUAGCUGUAAAAUGUCUUCAAAGAUCAAGUAACUAGCUACUAUUCAAAGCAUUUUUUCAAACAAUCACCAUCACCACUGCUAAGCAUUAGGUGUGUAAGAGCCGCAGUCACUAAUUAAAAUCCCUAAUCUAAUUCAUAAUGUUGUAGGGUCAUUAUUGACUUCCUGGUUACUGCAGAGCUGUUAUUUAGUGUCAUCCAUUUUAACUGGAGACAGAAGCAACCUAGUAUUCUAGUCCAUUAACACUUUGUAAAUUGUAUUUGAACUGUAUUGUGAUUGUGAUCGACUGACAAUACUUGCGGCCUUAACACAUUGACACAUCCAGGAAGGUCUAACCCCCAACCAUCUGAAGAAAGCUAAGCUGAUGUUCUUCUACACCCGUUACCCCAGCUCCAAUGUGCUGAAAACCUACUUUCCAGAUGUCAAGGUAAGCAAUCACAAUAUUAUUUGUUCUAUGUUCACCAUAUUUGCCUACAGAAUACUUGUGGAUGUAUUUUUGGGACAGAAUGAGAAGUGGGAUGGAGGAAGGAAACAAAAGAAUACAUGGUUUAGAAAAACAAAGCUGUUAAGCCAGUAGCAUGUCCUGGGGCAUAGGCCAGGGAGAUAGAGAGGCAUUAUUUAUUUAAAAAGCCACUCCAGUCAGCAAAUGGAGUGACAAAAGCCUCUGUAAUAAAGCUACUGUCAUUUGGCGUCAACACAGGGCAGGUUUUAAACAUGCAGGCAGGCAGGCAGGCAGGCAGGCUGUGAGGCGAGCACUGGGCCUAACCACAGCAUCCUGUAUGUCUGUGUGCCCUGUGUGUCUCCUCUCCUGUCUCCUCUCCUUGCACCAUGGCCGGGACAUGUCCUGCUGGAGCCUGUCUGUGUCUGGCCCUGGCCUCCACACUACUCUAUCUGACCCCUAAGGUCAUGGGGGAGGCCUGCAGCCAGCAGCCUACUGCGUCUCCUCCUUGCCCACGACCCUGUGGUGGGAAGUGGCACUGAACAAAAGACAGUUCUAAUCCUGGUGUCUGAUUCCAUCCUAUCAGGCAGAGUCAUUGAGAGGGAAGCUUCCUUCUGUCCUUACACUGCGCUGCGGCUUUCUCACCAUCCGAUAACACCAGAGAAAAGAAACGUCUUUGAUGCCUGCCCAGCCCUUGGGUGUUUUUUUUUCUUUCUUUCUGGAUGAAGAGAUAGAAUAAGAAGGCUAAUGUCAAGACUGAGUUUAGAAAUACACGGCUUUGACAGAUGUUUUUUUUAUUCAGUAAGUUGGUGGGAAAAGUUCAGAGCAAUUAACGUUGAAUAAAAUGACAGACUAACGCGAAACAUAUCCAUAUACAAUGCAUACAUAAAUGUAUUAUCUUGUGGAAGAAGAAAAAGAAAAAAAGAAGAUAUAUAUUUCAAAUCAAAUCAAAUCAAAUUUUAUUUGCCACAUGGGCUGAAUACAACAGGUGUAGACAUUACAGUGAAAUGCUUACUUACAAGCCCUUAACCAACAAUGCAGUUAUUUUAAGAAAAAGUAAAAUAAAAAAGUAGCAGCAGUAAAAUAAAAUAACAGUAGGGAGGCUAUAUACAGGGGGGUACCGGUACAGAGUCAAUGUGCGGGGGCACCGGCUAGUCAAGGUAAUUAAGGUAAUAUGUACAUGUGGGUAGAGUUAAAGUGACUAUGCAUAGAUAAUAAACAGAGUAGCAGCAGCGUAAAAGAGGGGGAUGGAGUGGGGUGGGGGGGCAGUGCAAAUAGUCCAGGUAGCCAUGAUUAGCUGUUCAGGAGUCUUAUGGCUUGGGGGUAGAAGCUGUUGAGAAGCCUUUUGGACCUAGACUUGGCGCUCCGGUACCGCUUGCCGUGCGGUAGCAGAAAUAACUAUCUAUGACUAGGGUGGCUGGAGUCUUUGACAAUUUUUAGGGGCUUCCUCUGACACCACCUGGUAUAGAGGUCCUGGAUGUCAGGAAGCUUGUCCCCAGUGAUGUACUGGGCCGUACGCAUUACCCACUGUAGUGCCUUGCGGUCGGAGGCCGAGCAGUUGCCAUACCAGGCGGUGAUGCAACCAGUCAGGAUGCUCUCGAUGGUGCAGCUGUAGAACUUUUUGAGGAUCUGAGGACCCAUGCCAAAUCUUUCAGUCUCCUGAGGGGGAAUAGGCUUUGUCGUGCCGUCUUCACGACUGUCUUGGUGUGUUUGGACCAUGAUAGUUUGUUGGUGAUGUGGACACCAAGGAACUUGAAGCUCUCAACCUGUUCCACUACAGCCCGAUGAGAAUGAGGAUGAGGGUGUGCUCAGUCCUCUUUUUUUUUCCUGUAGUCCACAAUCAUCUCCUUUGUCUUGAUCACGUUGAGGGAGAGGUUGUUAUCCUGGCCCCACACGGCCAGGUCUCUGACCUCCUCCCUAUAGGCUGUCUCAUCGUUGUUGGUGAUUAGGCCAACUUGAUAUCAAGAUGUUCUGAAAAAAAACCUAUGGGUAAAAACUGUGUCAUAGUUAUUUUUCAUUAUUGACAUUCAAAUCUAAACUGUGUCAUCGGCAAACUUAAUGAUGGUGUUGGAGUCGUGCCUCCAACACCAUCAUUAAGUUUGCCGACGACACAGUUUAGAUUUGAAAGUCAAUAAUGAAAAAUAACUAUGACACAGUUUUUACCCAUAGGUUUUUUUUCCGAACAUCUUGAUAUCAAGUUGAUCAUGAUUUGGUUGAUAAAGACAAAAUCAGGCCAUCUUCUCAAACUUGUUGUCGAUCUUGUGUCUCCAGUUCAAUCGCUGCAUCACCUCUCAGCUCAUCAAGUGGUUCAGUAACUUCCGGGAGUUCUACUACAUCCAGAUGGAGAAGUUUGCCCGCCAGGCCAUAGUGGACGGGGUCACCGAUGUGAAAGACAUGUCCAUCAGCAGAGACUCUGAGCUGUUCAGAGCCCUCAACAUGCACUACAACAAAGCCAAUGACUUCCAGGUAAGUCAAAAUACUUGUAUCUUACCAUAUGGUCAGCUCCUCCCCUGGUAUCCAAUGUAACUAUAUACUUUAUAUAAGCUUGUCAAUGUUUUUCCAUGACUUUUAAAUGAUUAGAUAUUACAUUAACAUUCUCCCUUUCCAAAGUAAAUUGAGCGAAUUAUGUUUAUGUAUGGGAACCGUGUGUUCAUUCUGCUUUCAUCAGCACUCCUCAGUUUAUGCAGCCAAUUCUGUGUUUUUUGUCCUGAGAGAUACAAUUGGAAACUACAAUUUGUAUUAAAGUGAGCUAAACAAUAAAGUUGUUUUGGCAUGAAUGUGAUAUAGUGUGUGUGUGAUGUAAUAUAAAUGUAAUAUACCUUCUUUAGCAUAUCAGAGAACUUCUCACAGAAACCUGGGUGUUAAAUGUUCCUGGUCUGGUCAGCUAUUUCCUACCUCUAUGGUUCUGGUCUGGUCAGCUGGUCAGCUACCUCCUACCUCUGUGAUUUUGGUCUGGUCAGCUAACUCCUACCUCUGUGGUUGUGGUCACAUAUGACCGUGUCCUUGCCCUGACCCAUGUGUCACUCUGCACCUGUGGCUUCACAGCCUUUGCUGCCAUUAUCUAAACUCUAGAGUGAUGCGUUAUCAAACUGUGGGAAGAGGAAGCCGCAGAAUCCCACUAAAAUAACUCGGGAUUAGAGGACCAGUACGCCUGAGCGAGGCUCAGAUUGCUACUGAUGCGGAAUGCUGAGAAAGACGCUGUAAAUUCCGAGGGAGAAGGCUAUUUGGUGGGAAAGAGCCGAGACAAAUUUCUUUACCUUGGGACCAAGACAUUCCUUUCCCAGGGAUGCUUUGUGUUGGGAGAUGAGGGCAAAGAAAAAUAAGUUAUGCCAACAACUGGACUGUUAGCUGGUCUAUGGGAAAUAAUGGCACCGGAUAGAUCCUUGUCCCAGCAUCCAAGCCUCGAUCUGAUGAUCUUUGUUGGGAGCGGAGUGAAAUUCCUGGGAAAGCUUGGUGCUUUCUCUCUUUCCAAACAGUUAAGUUCAAGGCAACAAGGCUUCAAAUUCAAAGCAGAAUCCCACCACAGAAGGCUAAUGAUUCGGACAUUGUAUUUGUUUUAUGAGCACAGAGAACAAGAAGCUGUCUGUUUUUGAAAAACAUGCACCAGUAAUGUAAAUUAAUGAGAGAACACACUUACCAUCCACUGUAGUGGUUUGCACUCACAACAUCAAAGCUCUUAGAUCUUUGUUGCUACCAGUGCAGGUGAUUAUGAUGAUACUUGACUUUAAGCACAACAUUGUGUUUGAUCCCUCUACCAACAGGUUCCUGAGAGAUUCCUUGAGGUUUCUGAAAUUACUCUUCAAGAGUUUUUCAGCGCCAUUUCAACUGCUAAAGAUUCUGACCCCUCUUGGAAGAAGGCAAUCUACAAGGUAAUCUGUAAGCUGGACAGUGAUGUCCCAGAUGAGUUCAAAUCAUCCACUUGCCUAUAG